UAGCUGCCCGUUUUAGGGCGGAGAGCUGCCUCCGCAUUCAUGAGGCGGGUCUGCGGCUAAACUAAAGGCUUUCAUUGGAGUCCUCUCGCUGUUAAACCCGUCUGCUCGCACUUGGUUGGUCCACCAACAGGAAAAAGUUGUUCGGGAUUGAAGCCGUCGUCGUUGCCCUCAGUGCUCUCCACUUUAUUCCCACCGCGGAGAGUGUGCGGCUCCGCUCAUAGAGCAAUGCGAUGAUAAAAACCGCAUAUGCGGUAAGGCUACACACCUACCAGGCAGGGAAAUAUCCACGAAACAACCUCACUCCGUUUUCUCCUCACACCGCAGCCUUAUCCACUACUCACAUCGGAACCUGAAGUGCCAGCAGUACCAUGUCCAGGCCAACGGGGGGCGUCGCCAACGAUGUCACCCGCUUCCUGUCAUCAGGCGUGGGGACGAGUUCUCCCAGCGCCACCUCCCCGAUGUUCUCCGCCGCCAGCCAGGCCGACUGGGCUGCCAAGAGGCUGGUGUGGGUGCCGUCGGAAAAGCAUGGCUUUGAGUCGGCCAGCAUUCGGGAAGAGCGCGGUGACGAGGUGGAGGUGGAGCUCACAGACAGCCAGAGGAAGCUGACUCUGUCCAGGGAGGAGGUGCAGCGCAUGAACCCGCCGCGCUUCAGUAAGGUGGAGGACAUGGCCGACCUCACCUGCCUCAACGAGGCCUCUGUGCUGCACAACCUCAGAGAGCGAUACUACUCGGGCCUGAUCUACACAUAUUCAGGGCUGUUCUGUGUGGUGGUGAACCCCUACAAAAACCUGCCCAUCUACACAGAGUCCAUUGUGGAGAUGUAUCGCGGCAAAAAGCGCCAUGAGAUGCCCCCACACAUCUAUGCCAUAUCCGAGGCGGCCUACCGCAGCAUGCUUCAAGACAGAGAAGAUCAGUCAAUCCUUUGCACAGGUGAAUCUGGAGCUGGGAAAACAGAAAACACCAAGAAAGUCAUCCAGUAUUUGGCUCAUGUUGCCUCGUCUCAUAAAGGUGGCACUUUGGGUAGAAACAAGGAAGCUGUACAGAUGGAUGGUUCUCGGUCCCUAACGAGAGGCAGCACUCUGGUGAACAGGGGUGAGCUGGAGAGACAGUUACUGCAGGCCAACCCCAUACUGGAGGCCUUUGGAAACGCUAAGACUGUGAAGAACGACAACUCCUCUAGAUUUGGUAAAUUCAUCCGCAUUAAUUUUGACGUGGCAGGGUAUAUUGUCGGUGCCAACAUUGAGACCUACCUCCUUGAAAAGUCUCGGGCCACCCGUCAGGCCAAGGAUGAGAGGACCUUUCACAUAUUUUACCAGUUGCUAUGUGGAGCUUCUGAAGAAACUAGAGCGGACUUGCUUCUUGGAAGUGCAGAUGACUAUCGUUUCCUAAGCGGAGGCUCCAUCCCUGUUCCUGGUCAGAGCGAUGCAGAGAAUUUCACACAGACCAUGGACUCUGUGGCAAUAAUGGGCUUCACCCCCGAGGAGUCAGUGUCCAUGCUGAAGGUGAUCUCUGCCGUGCUCCAGUUUGGAAACAUUUCCUUCACAAAGGAGAAGAACCACGAUCAGGCCUCCAUGCCCGACAACACGGCUGCUCAGAAGCUGUGCCAUCUGCUAGGCAUCAAUGUAAUGGAGUUCACCCGCGCCAUCCUCACACCGAAGAUCAAAGUUGGGAGAGAAUACGUGCAAAAAGCUCAGACAAAAGAACAGGCUGACUUUGCCAUUGAAGCACUGGCGAAGGCAACAUAUGAGCGUCUGUUCAGGUGGCUGGUCCACAGGAUCAACAGAGCUCUGGACCGCAGACAGAGACAAGGAGCAUCCUUCAUUGGGAUCCUCGAUAUAGCCGGAUUCGAGAUCUUCCAGCUGAACUCCUUUGAGCAGCUUUGCAUCAACUACACCAACGAGAAGCUGCAGCAGCUGUUCAACCACACCAUGUUCAUCCUGGAGCAGGAGGAGUACCAGAGAGAGGGCAUCGAGUGGAACUUCAUUGACUUCGGCCUCGACCUGCAGCCCUGCAUUGACCUCAUUGAGAGACCAGCUCACCCACCUGGUGUUCUGGCGCUGCUGGAUGAAGAGUGCUGGUUUCCCCGGGCAACGGACCGCACAUUUGUGGAGAAGCUCUGUUCUGAACAAGGCAACCAUUCAAAGUUCUACAAAUCAAAGCAGCCGCGUGGAGAAGCUGACUUCUCCAUAAUUCACUAUGCAGGAAAGGUGGACUACAAGGCAAAUGAUUGGUUAAUAAAGAACAUGGAUCCCCUGAACGACAACGUGGCGUCUCUUCUUCAUCAGUCGUCGGAUCAUUUUGUGUCUGAACUCUGGAAGGAGGACAUUCAAACUCUUCCUCGUGUGUACUUCUUUGACUCCUAUGCCACUCUACAGACUAAUGGCUCCGACAUCGACAGGAUUGUGGGUCUGGACCAGGUGUCAACAGGAGAGAGCAGCGGAUCCGUUCCGUUUGGAGCCGCUGGGCUGAAGACGAAGAAGGGGAUGUUUCGGACCGUUGGUCAGCUCUACAAAGAGUCUCUGACCAAGCUGAUGGCCACACUCAGGAACACCAACCCCAACUUCCUGCGGUGCAUUAUCCCCAACCAUGAGAAGAGGGCUGGUAAACUGGCACCGCACCUCGUUUUGGACCAGCUGAGGUGUAACGGUGUUCUGGAGGGAAUCCGUAUCUGCAGACAGGGUUUCCCCAACCGCAUCCCAUUCCAGGAGUUCAGACAGAGAUACGAGAUUCUUACUCCCAACGCUAUUCCUCGCACCUUUAUGGACGGCAAACAGGCAUCAGAGCUGAUGAUCAAUGCUUUGGAGCUGGAUCCCAAUCUGUACAGGGUGGGUCAGAGUAAAGUCUUCUUCAGAGCCGGAGUCCUGGGUCACCUGGAGGAGGAGAGAGACCUGAAGAUCACAGACACCAUCAUACGCUUCCAGAGCGCAUCCAGAGGGUUUCUAGCUCGCAAGGCCUUUAUGAAAAAGCAGCAGCAGCUGAGCGCUGUGAGGGUGAUGCAGAGGAACUGUGCCGCGUACCUUAAACUCAGGAACUGGCAGUGGUGGCGGCUGUUUACAAAGGUCAAGCCGUUACUGCAGGUGACCCGACAAGAUGAGGAGAUCCAGGCCAGAGAGUCGGCGCUCCACAAGGCCAAGGAGAACCUCACCCUAGUGGAGCAGGAAUACGCUGAGCUGGACAGGAAGCACACUCAGCUGAUAGAGGAAAAGGCGGUGCUGGCUGACCAGCUGCAGGCAGAGGCAGAGCUUUUUGCAGAGGCGGAGGAGAUGCGGGCCAGGUUAGCCAGCCGGAAACAGGAGCUAGAGGAGGUUCUGAGCGAAAUGGAGAGCCGGCUGGUGGAGGAGGAGGAGAGGGGAGCGCAGCUGGCCAAUGAGAAGAAGAGAUUACAGCAGAAUGUACAGGACCUGGAGGAGCAGCUAGAGGAGGAGGAAAGUGCCAGACAGCGCCUCCUGCUGGAGAAGGUUACCUUGGAGACCAAAGUGAAGAGUCUGGAGGCAGACCUCCUGACUGCCGUGGAGCAGAGAGACCGACUCAGCAAGGAGAAAAAGCUGCUGGAGGAACAUUUGAGUGAAGUGACUGACCAACUCACUGAGGAGGAGGAGAAGACUAAAAGCCUUAACAAACUCAAGAACAAGCAGGAGGCCGUCAUUGCUGAUCUUGAAGAACGUCUAAAACGUGAGGAGCAGGGCCGGCUAGAGCAGGAGAAGUGGAAGAGGAGGAUGGAGAGCGACUCGUUGGAGGCCCAGGAGCAGCUGUCGGACCUGGGCAUGCUGACCGCUGAGCUCAGAGGAACUCUGGCUCAGAAGGAGAAGGAGAUCACCACCCUGCAGGGCCGGUUGGAGGAAGAAGGAGCACGCCGUGCUGAAGCCCAGAGAUCUCUGAGGGAGGCCUUGUCGCAAGUGUCUGAGCUAAAGGAGGAAGUCGAAAAUGAACGUGGGAUGAGGGAAAGAGCGGAGAAACAGAGGAGAGACCUGGGAGAGGAGCUGGAAGCUCUAAGAACUGAGCUGGAGGACACGCUGGACACCACGGCUACACAGCAAGAGCUCAGAUCUCGGCGGGAGGCGGAGCUAAGCGAGCUGCAGCGAUGUGUUGAAGAGGAGACGCGCCGCCACGAGGCCCAGCUCUCGGAGCUGAGGAUCAAACACAGCGCAGCCAUAGACAACCUGCAGGAGCAACUGGACAACAGCAAGAGGGCCCGCCAGUCCCUGGAGAAGGCCAAAGCUGUCCUGGAGGAGGAGCGGCAGAAUUUGACCCAGGAAAUCAAGAACCUCCAGACGAGCCGCUCGGAGAGCGAGCGAGGCCGGAAGAGGGCCGAUGGUCAGCUGCAGGAGCUCAACGCUCGCCUGGCUCAGGCCGACAGGGAGCGCGAGGACAGGGAGGAGCGCAUGCACAAGCUGCAGUGUGAGAUCGAAGGCUUGUCCAGCAAUUUAUCUUCCUCUGACUCCAAAUCUCUUCGGCUCGCUAAAGAAGUCUCCAGUCUGGAGAGUCAGCUGCAUGAUACAAAGGAGCUGCUCCAAGAUGAGACCCGUCAGAAGAUGGCUCUGGCCUCUAGGGUGCGAGCUUUGGAGGAGGAGAAGAACGGACUGAUGGAAAGACUGGAGGAAGAAGAAGAAAGAGCCAAAGAGUUGAGCCGUCAGAUACAAACACACAGCCAGCAGCUUGCAGAGCUCCGUAAGCAGUCUGAGGAGGUGAGCACUGCCGUGGAAGCUGGAGAGGAGACGCGCAGGAAGCUCCAGAGAGAGCUGGACAGCGCCUUCCAAAAGGAGCGACAGAAGGAGGAGGAGAAGGAGCGAGUCGAGAGGCAGAGGGAGCGUCUGAGGGAGGAGCUGGAGGACAUGACCAUCGCCCUGCAGAGAGAGAGGCAGAACUGCACAGCCCUCGAAAAGAGGCAGAAGAAAUUUGACCAGUGCCUAGCAGAGGAGAAAGGAGUGAGCGCUCGUCUUGCAGAAGAGAGGGACAGAGCAGAAGCAGACAGCCGGGAGAAGGAAACGAAAUGUCUCUUCCUGUCUCGAUCCCUGCAGGAAGUGCAGGACCAGCGAGACGAGCUGGAGAGAGCCAACAAGCAGCUCCGUCUGGAAAUGGAGCAACUCGUUAACCAGCAGGAUGACGUCGGCAAAAAUGUUCACGAACUGGAGCGCAGCAAGAGGAGUUUGGAAACAGAAGUUCAGAACCUACGCACUCAGACGCAGGAGCUGGAGGAGGAGCUGAGCGAGGCGGAGAACUUGAGGCUGAGGCUGGAGGUCAACCUGCAGGCACUCAAGGCUCAGUUUGAAAGAGAGAUAAGCAACAAUGAGGAGAAGGGAGAAGAGAAGAGGAGAGCGCUCAGCAAACAGGUGAAAGAGCUGGAGAUCCACUUGGAAGAGGAGCGGACUCAGCGCUCGCAGGCCGUAGCGGCCAAGAAGCAGCUUGAGGCGGAGCUGCAAGAAGCCGAGGCGCAACUGGAGGCAGCCAGCCGCGGCAAAGAGGAUUCUGUCAAGCAGCUUCGCAGACUGCAGGGGCAAAUGAAGGAGCUUCUUCGCGAGCUAGAUGAGACCAAGUUAUCCAAAGAUGAAGUGAUUGCACAGUCGAAAGAUGGCGAGAAGAAAAUACAAACACUGGAAGCAGAAGUGCUGCAUCUCACAGAGGAGCUGGCUGUAUCGGACAGACAGAGGAGGCAGGCGCAGCAGGAGAGAGAUGAGAUGUCAGAGGAGAUGGUCUCCAGCAGCUCUGGAAAGAACGUUCUGUUUGACGAAAAGAGGAGGUUAGAGGUCCGAGUCUCCCAACUGGAGGAGGAUCUGGAGGAGGAACAGGCGAACGCUGAACUGCUGAUGGAAAGGCAAAGGAAGACGGCUCUGCAGGUGGAGACGCUGACUGUGCAGCUGCAGGGGGAGAGGACUCUGGCCCAGAAGGCCGAGUCGUCCCGAGAGCAGCUUGAGAAGCAGAACAAGGAGCUGAGGUCCCGACUGGAGGAGCUGGAGGGAGCAGUGAGGGGCAAGCACAAGCUCAGCGUCGCCGCCCUGGAGGCUAAGAUUGAGACCAUGGAGGAGCAGCUGGAACAAGAGAGACAGGAGAGAGCCAUUGCCAACAAACUGAUGCGGAAGACGGAGAAGAAGCUGAAGGAGGCGAUGAUGCAAGCAGAUGACGAGAGGAGACACGCAGACCAGUACAGAGAGCAGAUGGAUAAGUCGAUGGUUCGCCUGAAGCAGCUGAAGCGGCAGCUGGAGGAGGUGGAGGAGGAAAACUCCCGCUCCAACGCUCAGAAGAGGAAGCUGCAGAGGGAGCUGGAGGAGCUCACCGACAGCAGCCAGACGAUGACGCGGGAGAUCUCCUCGCUCCGCACCCAGCUCAGGCGUGCUCCUUUGCCACUGUCCAUGCGAGGGCGCAGAGCGCUGGUGGACGACCUCUCGCUGGAGAACUCCGACUCGGAGGAGCUCCCCGCCUCCCCCACCCCGACCUCCGGACUCCCACAGAGCCUGACUCCGUCCUCGGAGCAAAGCCUGGACCCGCCUCCACCGUACAGCGUCAACAACACGGAGUGACGCUCGCAGUGACUCAGACGCAGCCUCGAACACUCAGGGGUGGAGGAGCUACACGCACAUAACAGCUCUGGUUUUAAAUCAAAGUCAUACAGGAUGGGUGUAAGUGGUGCUAUAACUACGUGCCGAUGCUUCUUCUUUCUCAGCUAAUUCAGUAAAAAUAGAUUUUUUUUUUUUAUGUAAGAUAACACAGAGGAGCGACUUCUAACCAUGAAACCGAAAACCUCCUGAUUUUAAAUGGAAAAUAAGUUAUUAUCUGCUAAUUUCAUGACGGUUUCAGGACACAGAGAGCAGACUUAAUUGACGCGUUCACGUCUUUUCCAUAAGUAGAUGUUUCCAAGCCAUGUGGGGUUUGACUGUAUGGAUCUGACUUGAAGUUCUGCUCAGGCUGAAAAUGACAAUCUAGCACGACGCAAAAUAGCCAAUAAGAACGAGAUAAACCACGUUUAAAUUAUAACAAGAGCAAUAUUUGUCUAAAUAAUCUGUGAGAUGGUGGGACGCAUCAGUUUUCCUGUCAUCAGGCAUGACUUUGGGAUUCUUCUUAGAUUAGAAAGUGUUUGUUGUUGGAUGUGGCGGAGGUCCGGGGUAGUUUCUUUAACUUAAGUCUUAACAUAUUACUUCUAUAAUUUAAAUCCAACGUGAAUUUAUGCUGCUUGGGGCUCAGUCUUGUGUGAGUCUGGUUAUUUCUGCGCCUGCAGGAUGUGCAUGGGAGAUUUAUCACUGCUGUUGAAAGAGGGAAAAAAAAUGAAAAAGAGCCAGAAAAUCCCUGUGGAGAAUCCUGUUAUUUCUUCUUUUUAUUUAUCCGAAGCGGCACAUCAGCUUUCUUCUCUUACGCUGAUACAGACGCUGCUUCUUUUUAUUUUUUUGUUGUACGUCUGAUUUGACUGCACUGAUGACGAGCUGUGUAAACAAAUCUUUUGUGUUUAACCAAACGGCGGGCGUAUGGAUGAGAAAAGGGACUUCAUUUUGUAGUAAACAUAGAGUAGCAGUAGAACAAAGCAGAGGGAGGGCGGGGUGGGUUGGGACGACCGUAGACUUUUCAUAUGCUUGUAGUGUUAGGUUGAGAGAAAACGACGACGGUGGCACUGACAGAUGAAUUUUCAUUAAGCUGUUUUUUUUUACUUUAUCUACGGAGAUCAAGAUUAUCUGUGUGGGUCAAACCGAACACAGUCUGCUGUGAAACCUGGUUUGAAACACGCGUCUCUUCAGAUUGUUUCCAUGUAUUUGUUUUUACUAAAUGUGGGUUUUUUUGCACUUGUUUGCCUGAUAGAAACCGGUUCAGCCUGUAAAAGCUAGAUGGCAUUUUCCCCUUUAAGCAUAUUUACAUUUUCAUGGUAAAUAACGAGAUCUGGGUCAAUUCGCCCCCUCAUUUUGUUCCUCAUCUAUUGAUGUUUAAUACUUUCCUACAGUCUGUUGCCUUGCAGAUUUCUUCUUAUUUUUGCUUUUUGUCACACUUAAAUAUUGUAUAUCAUUAAACUUAGAUUUAUAUCAAAUUAACUUGGUGCUAAUUAAAAAACCACAAGUUAUUAAAACUAACCUGGAUCUAUAUGAAAAGGAAAGAAUAAAACCUUUAGAAUAUCGCCAUCGCAACAAAAUGCUUGGAUGCAAUAUUUAUAUUUCGCACAUCAUUCAUUUAUGCAGACCAUGUAGAUCAUAUAUUUGACCAGCUGGAUGAUCUUAAACUCCUGUUAAAACUUCAUAAAAAGGUGCAGGAUCAUUGCAGUUGUAUUAUAAUUAAAUAUUUUUGUGAAAGCUUCCAGCUAUAUCCCACUUGUUGAGUCAUAUGCAAGCGUGACGACAAAGAGAAAGUCAAGAAAUCACUAAAAAAUAACCAUAGCACAAUAACACAGAGUGCUAAAAAAUGCCAGAAAGCAUCUGAACAUAACCAUCAGUCUAUUUAUCUCAGUAGUUAGGUUUUCAUGAAUUAUGUGGAGAAAAAACAUUUAGCUGUUACAUAUGAUUAAAAAAGUACUUCCUUUUAAUUUGAUACCGAUUUCUCGAUCCAAAAAUGGAAAAGCAUGUGGAAUGGUGAAGGGGCAAAUUGACCUGUGUCCCAGAAGGUAGCAGCAUAAAAUAAAAACAUAAAUCCAUUCGCCUUUAACUCAGCUGUAAAUCAAUAUCUAGAAAAAAAACCGCAGGCUGAAAUUUGCCAUUUAAAACUCGACAUCCACUAAAUCUGGUCAAAAACUAAACUUGUAGACUUACUUCCAGGUUGCGAAUCAAAUGGGUUUCUUGUCCAGUUUGGAAAGAGUCCUCCUAAUUAUUAGAACAAUAAAAUAAAGUAUUUAUUUUCUGCUUAACUCAACUGGAACCAAUGAAAACUAAAGAUUGUGUUGCUUUGAAUGUUUAUUCUUUGUCAGUUUUAAUGAAAAAUGUUUACCACUGAGAAAUCUCAAGGCCUCUGCAGUAGUUUAUUUUCCGUCUGUUUACAUUAAUUCAGCAGCUGCAUGUGCGUCCAUAUUUUCCCCCCCCGUUUCCCAGCAACAGGUAAAGUGGAAAUAAAAUGUGUCACAGCAACUUUAAUUUCUCUUUUCUAAAAGUGUAGGUCUUUACUUUAGUAAUAUGCAAGCUGUUGUUUUUGUGUAAAAGUUGCACUUUACACACCACCAGUUGGGAUAAAAAUCAGGCAUGAAGCCAAACAUGCUGAGAUCACGCGUCACAGUGAUGCAGUCCUGGUCACAUGUAGCAAGAAAUGAGGCCGGAGCUCUUCUGAGGUGUUUUUGAUUUUUGAUUUUAUUUUUUCCUGAGUGUUUGUUUAUGGCUACUGUGGAACUUGAAGCAUUUUGAAAAUAUGUUUUUAUUGUUUUAGCCUUUUUUUUGUUAAUGAUAUUGUAAUUAUUAAACAUCUGACUGGGGUUAACUUUA